GUUUUGUUUCCAUGGCGACAGGCGGCGCAGGGCCCGCUCCAAACAUAACGCGCUGUGGAAAACAUGCAGCUCGGGGGACCCCCCCGCGGUCCCCGAUCGGGGCCGAGCCCCGAGGGGCCCCGGAGCAGUCCACGCCACGUGCAGUUUGGCAAUAGUCCCCAGAGCCAGCCCAGGAGCCCAAGAUCCCCCUCUCCUGGACCCGCUGCGCCUUCGGGGGUUCGGGGCUCCACUCGGCCGAGGCGCCGUGACUCUCCGAGGCGCGCCUGGCCGGCAGCCCUUUUCCGCUGCGGGGGCCGCCUCUGGAUGGGCCGGCGGCCGCCUUCCCCCGAAGCUUGCUGCCCCGCCCCCCGCCGUCCCGCUGCCUCUCCAGACGCGAGAAGCCCCGCCUCCUCCGGGACCUCCCCAGGCCCCCCGCCCGGAGCGACCAGAGGGGCGGUGGCGGGGGGCGGGUCCGCUAGAGGGAGGGCAGAAAUGCACUGGGAGGUGCUUCCGGGACAGAGGGCGGGCAAGAUGGCGGCGCCCAUGGAGCUGUUCUGCUGGUCAGGGGGCUGGGGGCUGCCGUCAGUGGACUUGGACAGCCUGGCCGUGCUGACCUAUGCCAGAUUUACUGGUGCUCCACUCAAAGUGCACAAGAUCACCAACCCCUGGCGGAGCCCUUCAGGAACUCUGCCUGCCCUUCAGACCAGUCAUGGAGAGGUCAUCUCGGUACCACACAAGAUCAUCACCCACCUUCGAAAAGAGAAGUACAAUGCCGAUUAUGAUCUGUCAGCCCGGCAAGGGGCAGACACCCUGGCCUUCAUGUCUCUGCUGGAGGAGAAGCUGCUCCCAGUGCUGAUACAUACUUUUUGGAUAGACAGCAAGAACUAUGUGGAAGUGACCCGAAAGUGGUAUGCAGAGGCUAUGCCCUUUCCCCUCAACUUCUUCCUGCCCGGCCGUAUGCAGCGGCAGUACAUGGAACGGCUGCAGCUGCUGUGUGGGGAGCACAGGCCUGAGGACGAGGAAGAGCUGGAAAAGGAGCUGUACCGAGAGGCUCGGGAGUGCCUGACCCUUCUCUCUCAGCGCCUGGGCUCUCAGAAGUUCUUCUUUGGAGAUGCCCCUGCCUCCCUGGAUGCCUUUGUCUUUAGCUACUUGGUCCUGCUGCUGCAGGCAAAGCUGCCCAGCGGGAAGCUGCAGGCCCACCUGCGGGGGCUGCACAACCUCUGUGCCUACUGCACCCACAUCCUCAGCCUCUACUUCCCCUGGGAUGGAGCUGAGGUGCCACCCCCACGCCAGACACCAGCAGGCCCAGAGACUGAGGAGGAGCCAUACCGGCGCCGGAACCAGAUCCUCUCUGUGCUGGCGGGGCUGGCAGCCAUGGUGGGCUACGCCCUGCUCAGUGGCAUUGUCUCUAUCCAGCGGGCAACGCCAGCCCGGGCCCCAGGUACGCAGGCCCUGGGCAUGGCUGAGGAGGAUGAAGAGGAAUGAAUUGUCCACAUGCUCCCAGGACUGAUUUUUUUUCUACUCUCAUGCAUUCCAGAGGCCUCUGUGCCUCCCCAUUGUUGGUAUAGCCGGAAAUGGGGUGCUCCCCCUCAGAAUAAAGCUGCUCACACAGA